CCAUUUUCAUCCAACACUUACAUCACUGUUUCGUUGUUCUUCAACUUCAUCAAACAUGAGCAGUAUGUGCGCCGAGCAGCACAAGUUUCACACCUCCCACCACCUUCUUUCAUCCAAGAAAUCCCAACACAUCCUUAGAGAAGUUGAUAUUCCACCAAGAAAGCUCCUCACCCGCCGCAGCGCAGCCCAUCAAGACUUAUCCUCCUCCCCCGACAUGUACGGUACCACCGACUCUCCCCGUUUCUCUGCUUCCGACGAGGCCCUCCUCCGCAAGUUCCUCCCCUACAACACCGGCGCCUCUGAUGAUGACGACGAUGCCUCCGACGACCCCUACUCUGCCGACCACUUCCGCAUGUUUGAGUUUAAGGUCCGCCGCUGCACCCGCAGCCGCAGCCAUGACUGGACCGACUGCCCUUUUGCGCAUCCAGGCGAAAAAGCGAGGCGCCGUGAUCCCCGCCGCUAUCAGUACUCCGGCACAGUCUGUGCCGACUACCGCCGCGGCGGGUGUAGUCGUGGCGACAGCUGUGAGUUCGCACACGGCGUUUUUGAGUGCUGGCUGCAUCCGGCGAGGUACAGAACUGAGGCAUGCAAAGACGGGAAAAAUUGUAAGAGGAAGGUUUGUUUCUUUGCUCAUACUCCACGCCAGCUCCGCAUCUUGCCUGUGAAUUACUCACGGAACUCUUCACCUGAUAAACUAGUCAUCUCUCCCAGCUCCUCUUGUUGCAAGAAGAGUAACAAGUAUCUGAACUCCACCAACUCUCCGAGUUCGACUCACUGCUGUUUGUUUUGUCGUUCAUUGACUUCUUCCCCGACUUCUACUCUGUUGGGUAUGUCACAUCUGUCACCGCCUUUGUCGCCGAUGUCUCCAUACGGCGAAUCCAAGUGUCACUUCUCCACCGGAUUGGAACCACUGGACCAGAUGCAUGCUAGUGCGGCUGGGAUGCUGAGCUACAAAGAUGUACUCUCAGAGCUUAUGACCUCUUUGGAGAUCAUGAAAUUAAGUAACAUGGAAGCAACUACAUCACCAGUUUCUUCACCAAUCAGUUCUGCUGCUACCGCUGCGGUUAGUUUUCGGAAUACCCCAUGGGUCGAUGUCUCUUCUCACAAUGCUUUUGCUGCUGGUGCUGAAGAUCAGCAACAUCAGUUCAUUCUUUCACCUUCUACUCCAAGCUCUUUAUCAGCUGGAGCUAAGUUUUUCAGCUGCGGUAGUAGUACUGGAAAUUGUUCGAGGAAAAGCUUGGUCUUCGAUGAGCAGAACAAGGCCACUGACAUUAAUGGAGGAGGGUGUAGCCCAGACCCGGAUCUUGGAUGGGUUAACGAUCUGUUGAUGUAAAUUGGGGACUCUUGACCAUUGCAUAACUGAUCCAUGAAUGAUAUAUGAAGAAAUAAAGAUGGUGGGUGAUCGAUAUGGAAGUGUAAAUAUACUUAACUGCACCAGCCGUAUAUAUAUGUUGCUAUAUAUAUAUAUAAUUUGGUGUAAAUUAAUGUCUACUAUUUCAAAAUGUAAUAUUGUUUUCUGUUGGAUU